GCUCGAACCAUCCCAAUCUGUGGUGGUGUUAUGGUGUUCUUUUCCUCUUGCUUCCAAACGUGCAUGUGUCUCUUGUCACCUUGCGCCUCGGAUUAUAUUUCUGCUGCUGCGAUCCUGAUUAAUUCUCCUCGAGUAGGUUUUGUACCUCGAUCGCCUACCUGAAGUUGAGACUAGAGAUGGAAUCGCCUCCUCCGCCCGCCGUGGAUCUCUCCCUCACCUUGUCAUCGUCGUCGUCGCUGCCGCCGCCGCCGCCGCUGCCGCCGCCAUUGCGGGACGCCGUCCGCCUCUUCCCCUGUCUCUUCUGCAACAAGAAGUUCCUCAAGUCGCAGGCGCUCGGGGGUCACCAAAACGCCCACAAGAAGGAGCGGAGCACCGGGUGGUGGCAUUUGAAUUCCCACCUGUACCUCAGGCCGCCACCGCUGGCGCCCGCCGCAUUCUCCGGCGACCACUUCCGCCACUGCCAGGGGUCCUUCUUCCCCGUAGCCUCCCACUCGUGCAGGCCGGCAAGCGAGACCGUCGACUUCCUCAAUUGGCAGAGAGCAUCGCACCGCCCCCAGACUGCUGCUGCUGCUGCUGCAGCUGCUCCGGACGAAGACAGAGCCGCCUUGUUCGAUCUAUCCUUGAAACUUUAGAUUGUCCUUUAAUUUGAUUGUUGUCACUUCACUUU